AUGGUCGAUCAGCGACAACACCAGUUCGCCACACAGCAUAUGAAGCGCCCAUCACUCGGCGGUCGGGCAGACACGCCACAAUUUGCAGAGCUGCAGUUUUAUCAAACCCACAAUGUAUUCUCAACUGAAGAAAUCGGAAACCUUGAUCAAUCGACGCACGCCGAUGGGCCAAUAGCGGCAGCUUCACAUAGCGAGCAAGAAGCAAUGCUCCACGAGCGGUCGGGACGCAGCAAUGCAACAUCAGGACCGGUACGACGCAGGAUUAGUCGAGCUUGUGAUCAAUGCAACCAACUACGUACAAAAUGUGACGGACGGAAGCCAUGUACCCAUUGUAUAGAAUUUGGUUUGACGUGCGAAUACAUUCGUGAACGCAAGAAGCGCGGCAAGGCAUCAAGAAAGGACAUUGCUCAACAACAAGCCACCGCGAAAGCGGGAAAUGUCACGCUGUCGUCUAAAGAAUCCUCUCCGCAGUCACAGGAAGAUGCUAUCGAGGCUGGUUAUGCUAGCUUUAAGCUAUCUAAAGGUCGGAGAUCACUUACAAAACCUCCUGUCUCUGACCGAACGGAGGAGAUUGAGCAUACAUCGACAUAUCCAAACCGAAUGAUGACCACAAAUGAUGCAAAUCUAGAAACCACAGUUCCACAACUCCAACUGCAGGUUCAGCCUCGCAUCCAGACGCAAGGACAUCUGAUACACAACUCCAUUCCACAGUACACGGCCAUGGAUGAUUUUUCUCAAAACAUUACGUAUCAGCCUCCACAUUUAAUGCUGCAAACCGGGAUGCAUACUAUCCUUCCAUCUCACAGCCAUGGCAUGGACUACUCUGAUAGCUCUUAUAGUGCGACAAGUCCUCAUAGUGCGCAUGCACAAGUACCACCAAACCCUAUCAGGCUACCUGACGAAUCUGUCAAUAUGGGAUUUGUAACCCACUCUCCAGUUGCUGGGUCUCCGGGCUGGAUCUUUCCAUCACCAUCUACGACCGUGUACUCUGGCGCACCACACUUCACUCAAUACUUGAAGUACCCGGUUCUUCAGCCAUUGAUUCCGCACCUUGCCAAUAUCAUGCCCAUCCCACUGGCUUGCGAUUUACUGGAGCUAUAUUUUCAAAGCUCCUCUUCCGCCUUCAUGCAACCUGUCUCUCCAUAUGUACUGGGCUACGUCUUCCGGAAACGUUCAUUUCUCAGACAGCACAAUCCACGUGUAUGCAGUCCAGCACUAUUAGCUAGCAUGCUAUGGAUUGGUUGUCUGACGAGCGAUUCCCCAUACCUGUCGUCAUCACCUUCGGCGCGGAGCCAAUUGUCAGAAAAGUUGAUCAAUCUCACUAUCAGUCUCCUCAAACCUCUCGUGCAUCAAACUUUGGACGAUUCUGAUACGAAUGGUACGACAUACGAUAACAACAACAUCUAUUGUGGGGUUACAAUGAACGGAUUUGGUAUGCCUACCCAAGUAUCAGAAAUAAGCCUGCCCGGAGCUCCAGCAGCUCUUGACGAUGUAGCAACAUACAUGCAUCUAGCCACUGCAAUUUCAGCCAGCGAGUACAAAGCUGCAUCACUCCGUUGGUGGAACGCUGCAUGGUCGCUAGCUAAAGAGUUGAAACUAAGCAAGGAGUUGCCUGUCACACCUUCACUCGAUUCGACUCACAAAGACGUAUCUGAUGUAUUCAACCUGGAGCACAUGGGCGGAAUGUAUGCGAGCGGCCAAGGCAACACUAUUGAGCUCACCGAAGAGCAACGAGAAGAACGCAGACGUAUCUGGUGGCUUUUGUACACCGUAGAUCGCCAUCUAGCUCUAUGCUACAACCGGCCUCUGUCAUUCUCGGACGCCGAAUGCUCAGGUCUCAUGCAGCCGCUUGACGAUAACGUAUGGCAAGCUGGCGAACUCUUCGAGGACUCCGCUCAUCGAAGUCCAGAUCCCGCAAUGCGCCGAAGAGGUCCCGCUUCUGACUGCACUGGAAACUUUGUCUUCGGAUUCUUCCUUCCUUUGAUGACUAUUCUUGGGGAAAUCGUCGACCUGAACCAUGCAAGAAGUCACCCGAGAUUCGGCAUGAAUAUCGACUGGGAUGGACAUGCGUCCGAGAUCAGUCAAAAGCUCAAGGAUUACGGCCAGUCGUUGCAAAGUCUGCAGCACCGCGCCGCCGCCGAGGUCAACGCCGAGGUGCAAGAUCAGGAUACACUCUCCGCCCGAUCGAUCAAUUCGCCGACGUCAAGAGCACAGGAAUCUUUGAUGCAAGCCAAAAUCGUAGUCGCAUAUGGCACGCACCUCAUGCAUACACUGCAUAUCUUACUUAAUGGAAAAUGGGAUCCUAUCUCCCUGCUGGAUGACAACGACCACUGGAUAGCGACGCAAAGCUUUGUCGACGCCACCGGACACGCGGUCUCCGCAGCCGAUGCGCUGAACGAGAUCCUCGAGCAUGAUCCCGAUCUCAGCUUCAUGCCGUUUCUCUUCGGCAUAUAUCUUUUGCAGGGCAGCUUCCUUCUGCUGCUGAUUGCCGAUAAGAUGCAAACAGACGCCAGCGCAAACAUCGUACGUGCAUGUGAAGUAAUAGUGCGGGCGCAUGAGGCGUGCAUCGUCACUCUCAAUACGGAAUACCAACGAAACUUCCGCAAAGUCAUGCGUUCUGCAUUACAGCAAGUGCGGGGAAGGGACCCGGAUGAACAUGCCGAACUGGCACAACAGCGACGUCGGGAAAUGUUGAGCAUGUACCGGUGGAGUGGCGAUGGAACUGGCCUCGCCCUCUGA